AUGGCCGCCGCACCCUCCACGCUCAACAUGGCCUCCGUCCUCCUACUGCUGCUUCUCUUCUCCGUUCACUGGCCGGGCCGCAGCCACGCUUUCAGCCUCAUGAACUACCUCUGCAACAACGGCAGCUCCUACGCCAUCAACUCCACCUACCGCUCCAACGUCGUCGCGCUCCUCGGGUCCCUGUCUGCCAACGCGUCCAGCUCCGUCGUAGGCUUCGCCACCGGCACGCUCGGCCACGCCCCAGACCAGACGUGGGGGCUCGCGCUCUGCCGCGGCGACGUCAACGGCAGCGGCUGCGCGUCCUGCCUCGCGCUCGCGCCGGACAUCGCCUUCGGCAACUGCAGGGGCGUCAGGGACGUGUCCAUCUACUACGACCGCUGCCUCCUCCGGUACUCGGACACGGACUUCCUGGCCAGCCCGGGCGACGCCUCGGCGCCGGUGCAGUAUGGCACCAACCUGCAGUGCACGCCCAACCAGGCUCCCGAGGCGUGCCUGACGUGCCUCGGCAGACUCAAGGACGAGAUGCCGGCCGUGUUCAACGGCUCAACCGGCGGCCAGUUCAACGCGGUGUGGUGCAACCUGAGAUUCGAGGUAUUCCUCUUCUACGACAGCAGCCCGGUAGUGAAGCUUGUUGCACCUCCGUUGACGCCUGAUCCGUCAGGUGCAGCAGUCCACGACGAUGCAAAGAGGACAAGGGGAGCAGGAAAUGCAGCAACAGUAGUGGCCAUUGUUCUUGGGGUCCUACUUGUCAUCCUUCUGUCCACGUUCAUGAUGUAUCUCUGGAGAAAAGCACAAGUAAAACAAUAUGCGGAGGAAGCUGACGAUUCCGGGUCGCUCCUCUUUGACCUGGCAACACUGAGGAGGGCAACUACAAAUUUUGCCGAAGAGAAUAAGCUUGGACAUGGAGGCUUUGGCGCGGUAUACAAGAUGUGGGACCACUGGGUCAGAGGCACCACGCUGGAGGCCGUGGACCCGUCCUUGGACCGCCAGGCCCCGGAGACGGAGAGCGAGGUGGUCAAGUGCAUCCAUCUCGGGCUGCUCUGCGUGCAGGAGAACCCGGUGGACCGCCCGACCAUGCUCGACGUCCUCGUCAUGCUGCACGGCCAAUCGUCAGGAUUUGCGGCACCGUCGAAGCCGGCCUUCGCCUUUGCGUACGGGGAGACGAUGAGCUCUGAUGAGCGGCGUGAUGUGUCUUCUUCUGCUGCUGCUGCUGCGUUCUCUUUGAACGGCAUGUCCGUGUCGGAGUUCCAGCCAAGAUAG